AUGAGUGGAUUUGCUUAUUUUUUGGCUGUGAAUUUGUUUCUCUCAACGACAGCGUCGGAAAUUCUAGUCGGUGUGAUGCCGCAGGGCAAGAGUCAUGCAGCAUCCUUUAUGCCAUUACUUCAAAAACUCAUUCAGCAAGGACACAACGUCACAAUAUAUAUGGAGAACUAUGGAGUUGGUUCACUGAAGGGUCAUGCGAAUGAGUGGUUCAUCAACGUUACAGGUCACAAAGACCCGUUUGAAGACAUGGAAUUUGCUCGUGGAAUAUGGUACAACAUGUAUACGUUCAUGUCGCAUGUGAAACCAUUUCGUUACGGUUCCGAUAGUUGCACACAUGUGCUGAACGAUCAUCGAGAUCAAUUUGAACUGAUACGCAAUCAUGGUUGGGAUUUGAUUCUGACAGAUUCACUUUUUGCGGUUUGUGCGUAUGGCUUGGCUCUAUUGAGCCCAGCGCAUCAUAUUGUAAUGCAUUCGACGGAUGUUGAGAGUGGAUAUGGCAUUUCAAGGGGAUAUUCAAGGAAUUACUUGACGAUGCCAACGUAUUUCGCCGACUUCGACGAUGCCUACUACGAGAUGACACAUUUUAAAGAUCGCUUACGUAACGCUUACGAAUGGCUGGGAAUGUCUUCAGCGCUUAAGAUUGCGUCAAAUCGCUUCAUGCAGAAAGCGCUUUCACCAAUACUGCAAAAUUUUGAUAUUUCCAAUUACUAUGCGGAUUCUGCAUACAUUUUCUCGGAUAUGCCACUGAGUGUGUACACACCGAUGGCGACCAAUAAUGAGUUGUUCAUGUAUGGUGCAUAUUGCCAACCAUAUCGAUCACUAACAAGGGAACUGGCCGAAUUCGUCGAAGAUCCCAGCUCGAGAGGCACCAUUUUGAUCGCUUUUGGAACAAUUGUGAACUGGUCCGCGGCUCCACAACAAACGCAACAAGCAAUUGCUGAUGCGUUGAAUGAACUGAGCGAGUAUCGUAUCAUUUGGACGCAUUCUGCAUGCAAGCAUCACUUGAAAAGACACAUUAAACUUAUGCAGUGGAUGCCACAAAAUGAUUUGCUGAAUCAUAAUCGAACGAAACUCUUUCAUACCGCUAACGAAUCAAUUUCCAGUACAAAAGAGGGAAUCUGUGCCACAGUUCCAAUGCUUUUCAUACCGUUGUUUGCCGAGCAACUUCGUAACGCAUGGCUAAUUGAACGAAACGGUUGUGGUAAAACGAUUAAUAAGGUCAACCUUACUAAAGACUCUCUGGUUCAUUCGAUGCGUCAGCUAAUCACUGAGCCACGAUACAAGGAGAAUAUGCAAAGGCUACGAGCCGUCUACGAUGAUUCGCCUAUGCCAGCGAUCGAUGAGGCUGCCUUCAAAAUGAAUCGACUACUGAAAUUCGGUGGUCGAAUGCCUCAGCUGUUCUAUACUCGAUCCAUAAAUUUAUCUUAUUUUACAGUGCUGAAUAUAGAUUUGAUCAUUCUCAUCCCUUUAUCACUAAUAUUUGCACUGUGCAUAAAGUAG